AUGACUGGGAUCUGUGACAAGGCAUGGGAAGACGAGACUCCUGGAGACCUCUACCAAGGGCUGGCGGGGAACAGCACCGUCCUGUGGCUCCUGGGCUUCCGCAUCCAAAAGAACAUCCUCAGUUUGGUACUUGCUAACGAUCUGCCCCAAAUUCAUGUUCUGCGCUGCGGACCUGAGCCUCCUGGCGGCGAUCAGCACCGGGCGCUGUUUAUCCGCGCUCUUCCGCAUCUGGUCCCCAUGUCUCCGCCCCUAGAACGCGUCUGCUGCGGUCUGCGCUGGGCUCUGGGUUUAGCGACUCUGCUGGAGUCCCUGUGCUUCCUCCUCCUCACGUGUGUGAUGGGCGUGUCCAGCCUGACUCUGCAGCUGAGGGUCCAGUGCAGCUCCCGGCACCGGCGGCCCCGCAGGCUCUACCUCCUGGUCCUGCUCCGGGGCCUACUUAUGGGAGUCAAAGUCUUCAUGGCAGUCCUGGAGUUGUACUUUGAGAUCUACAUAGGGAACACCUACAAGACCUGGAGGUACAUCAUUAGUAUCUCUAGCUGUAUACUUAACUUCCUGGUGUUCAUGCCCCUGAUGGUUCUAUCCAGUCUGAUUCUCUUUGUGAAAUCCUGGAAGCGAUCCCGGCACCACCAUCCUGCCAAGCUCCAUAUCACCAUUCUGGUGACCAUCCUCGUGUUCCUUUUCUUCGGCUUUCCACAGAAGGUUUGGUUUGUUGUCCAUUUUGGAUUCAAAGUGGCCGUCCGCAGGUCUGUCUCCAUGAUUUUUGAGCUUCUCUCCUGCAUCAACAGCAGCGCCAACCCUGCCAUUUACUUCUUUGUUGGCAACCUCUGGAAGAAUAAGAAAAGAAGGUCCCUGAAGCUGACUCUCUUGAGAGCCUUCAAGGAGGAUUUCCAAGGGAGAGGGGAUAGAAGGACUCUCCCUGCCACCAUUUCAGAGACCAUAGAGAGGAAGCACCCAAAGAAGUAG